AAGAUUGCGCUAUAAAUAAGCCGCAUUUCCGUCGUGACUAUUUCAAAAGUGAAUUUAAAGUGUAACGUUUAACAACGGUGCAAUUAAAUGAAAAUUAAUUAAAAUAUUAUAAAAAAAGAUAAAAGAAAAAAAUAUAUCAAAAUGCGUUUAUUACUAGAGCACCAAAUCGAUUUUAUUGAUCCUUCGGAAUUAUUGCGCCCAGAACCCACUUUCGCCGAUAAAAGUUUAUCGAAAUUCCGUGAUUACAGUGUCGAUGAAACAGAUCCUCUCAAAGAACGUGUACGUCAAACUUAUCGCCUAAUGCACUUAAAUCAAACUGUGGAUUUUGUUCAUGGACGUCGUCAAAGAUGGUUGCAAUAUAAUACCAUGAAAGCUACUGUACGUGAAGCUCUAGAGAAACUUAACGAUUUAAUUGAUGAAUCUGAUCCCGAUAUUGAUUUACCCAAUAUUGUACAUGCUUUCCAAGCAGCUGAACGGGCCCGCGAAGAAUUUCCCGAACUCGAUUGGUUACAUUUGACCGCCUUAAUUCAUGAUUUAGGCAAAAUUAUGGCUUUCUAUGAUGAACCUCAAUGGUGUGUAGUGGGUGAUACUUUCCCUGUAGGUUGUGAUUGGGGUGAUAGUAUUGUCUAUCGUAAGGAUAGUUUUGAGGGUAAUCCAGAUGGUAAUAAUCACAAAUAUAAUACAAAGUAUGGCAUGUAUGAACCUAAUUGUGGCAUUGAUAAUCUUUUAAUGUCUUGGGGUCAUGAUGAAUAUAUGUAUCAAGUUUUGAAACAUAAUAAAACAAAAUUACCCGAUAUUGCCUGCAAAAUUAUCCGUUUCCAUUCGUUUUACCCCUGGCACAAUGGUGGUGAUUAUCAACAUUUGGCUAAGCCAGAAGAUGAGGAGACUAAAAAAUGGGUGCUGAUAUUUAAGUAAGUAUCAAAAACGAAAUUUUCCGG